AUGUUUCGGAGCGUUCAGGGUAUCCUGACUCUCGUCUUCCUCGAGACCCUCACUUGUCUGAUCUGCACCGCAUUCCGGCACUCCGUCAUGCUCCCCGCCCGUCUCACCACGGAAUUCCCAAAGCUCCCGCACCUGACUGCAUGUAGUAGAUGCCUGGCUGAUAUCAAUCGGAUAACUUCCUCGGGAUUCGCCCCCUUCAGUCUCACGGACCUGCAUAUACACUGCUCUUCGAAACCCUCCGCAGCGAUACUCAAUCUCUUGUGCCCCGUGUUCGCCUCAGGGAUUGUCGCCGACAAGCACGAGCUCGCGUAUGUGCACUUCUCGGGCAUCCUUAUCGACUCCAGAUUAUCAGCGACAACCGUGAGGGUGUCCAACACGAUCUCUCCGCCCGCGGACCUCGUGUUCCAGCUACCCUCCAGGGUCAGCGUCGGCGACGGCGGGACCAAGAGCGGGACGGCGCAGGUGCUGAGCGGCUCGGAGGAGGCAUCAAACACUCCCAGCACCCCAACUGCUGUCAACUCCGUCGCUUCCGUCAUCGCUGUUGGACAAACUGUUCAUUAUACCGCUUCUGGUUUUAGCGGACGCCUCUACGUGCAAACGAUGUAUCCUGCCGUUUAG